AUGGGUCGCCCAUUCGUCACAUCACGGGAGAACCUCGAGCUGCUCAGGAGCUCUGCCUUUGAGUCGGAACACGCCUGGCAAUACGACACGUCGUACCUGCAACACGAGGCGGCCGCCCUGGCGCUCGAGCACGAAAUGGAGCUGGCCCACACGAGCAUCUCGCCCGACGGCAUAUCAGACGAGCACGUGCGCAUAAUCAAGACGCAAAUCACCAUCCACCGGGAGAGGCAGCGGGCACUGCGGCCGCACCUGGAGAGCGGCAGCGACCAGAUUGACGAAGAGGGCAACGAAUGCGUCUUUGUCCCGGCGCCCAACCAAUGGGGAGCCAACGGCGACCUGGACGAGGAGAGCGAGAGCCUGUCUGCAAUCCAAAACCUUCUUACAUGGCAGACGUCAUACUCGCCAGUCUCACAGCAUUCACUCUACGACCAAUUCCCCUCAACAGACAUUCCCUACCAUUCUCUCCUGGACCCAGCACAGCCCACGGUGACAUUCAACCUGCACCGCACGCGCGAAUGGAAAGGCUCGUCGGGCCACCGCAAGUACAUCUACAGCGCGCGGGACCACUCGGACAAGUACACGUUAUACAUGCUCGAGGCCAUGCACCGCGACGACAGCCAAGUCAAUGCCGCAGACUUCUUCCGCGUGGCCGAGUUCCCGCACCCGUGCAUCUCGGUGCUGCUUUCCGGCAUCGACAAAAAGCGCAUCACGAGCGAUUCGUCCAAAGACGCGGCGUACAAGUCGCGAUGCAUUCACCUGCGCGGCCCGUUUUCGCAGCCAAUCAAGGAGUACCCCGACCGACAGCAAAAGGCACCGUGGUCCCCGCGACGCUUUGCGUAUGGCGGGCGGCGCUUUGUGUGGAAGCAAGGCGACCCCAACGACGACGCCAUGCCAGAGACGCUGUACGAGUACCAAAAGGAUUGGGCCAAGCCGGGCAGCCGAACGGGCAAGCGAUGCGAUGAUGCCAUGCCAGUCAAGCUCGUGUGGGGGGAGAAGCGGCGAAAGGGCAAGGUGGACAGCUACACGAUCCACUUCCGAGGCGGCAUGGACCAGGUGUUUCGGGAAAUGCUGCUGGCGAGCCAGAUGGCGCGGCAGGUCUGCCUCUUCACGGCCAUGGGCUAG